GGCGUCUCGGUGUCCUCCGGCUCGAGGAAGAAGAUGGCUGCCGGCGGCGGAGGCGAGACGGUGAGGCUGCGCCUCCUCUUCGACUACCCCCCGCCGGCGGCCCCGCGCUGCUCCGUCUCCUGGCUGCUGGCCGACCUGGGCCAGUGCCGGGUGGUCACCGACCUGGCCAGCCUCAUCCGCCAUCGCUUCGGCUUCAGCGCCGGGGCCGCCCUCGGCCUCUACCUGGACGGGGGGCUCCUGCCGCCGGCCGAGAGCGCGCGCCUGGUGCGCGACAACGACUGCCUCAGAGUUAAACUGGAAGAAGUGGAAGUCGCCGAGGGUUCCCUGGCCGUCAGCAACGGUUACCGGCAUCCGUCCCGAAAGACGAAGAAACGGCACCGGUCCAGGUUGGAGGAAGAGGAGUCGGAAGAGAGCGCCGAAGACCAGAACCGAGCGAAGCGCUUGAAGGGCCAAGGCGGCUGCCCCGGCUCCCCUGAGGUGGACGACCCGGGCCCAAAGAAGAAACCCAGACAGAAAGAGAGGAGGGAGAGGAGUGGACAGAAUGGCAUUGCGGGAGAUGAGGGCAGAGCCGGAGGCAGUGAACGGAACAAGAGGAAAUCGGGAAAGGAGAAGGAGGCAGAGGGCAAAGGCAAACGUCGGAAGAAGACGGUGCCUCUCCCCGGCGGGGGCAGCGGGCUCCCGAAAGGACACCCCCCCGCCGUGGCUAAGAGGAAGCAGGGGAAACCCUGCCCCGCCAAACCCUCUCCCGACUCCUCCUCGGGGUCGGAUUCCUCCGGCUCCUCGUCGGGUUCGGGUUCCUCCGGCUCGUCGUCCGACGAGGGCGACCCCGAGGGCCUGAAGGGCCUGGAGCGGCCCGCCGCCCCGACCCCAAAGCGUGGGCGGGCCCAGCCUCCCGGGACGGGUCCCGGGCCGGAGAGAGCCGGCGGCGGCAGAUCCGCCCAGGCCCUAGGACCCGGAGCCUCCGACUCGGGCUCGGAAGGGCCGAAGCGGAAGAACCCCCAAGCGGCCCCGGCCGGCGCCGUCAUCUCUCCGGGCCCCCCCGGGGAGGCGGGCCCCUCGCCCGACGCGGACCGGCGCGGUCCGGCGCCCCUCGAGAGCGCCCGCUUGGCCGGCGGACCGGAUCCCCUCGGGGUGGGCUACUGCGCGAGGCGGCCUCCCGGCCCGGCCCCCGGCCUCGGCGGUCUGGGCCGGGGUCGAGUGAGGGGGGAGGACUUCUUCCCUUGGAGAGGGGCCCGGGACCGGGGGUUUCGCGGGAUGAGCCGAGGCCGGGGCCGGGGGGAGGGCUACCGGGGCUUUCCCGGCUGCGGCGGCGCCGAGUCGCAGAAACGGCAACAGCUGACCGAGGUGGCGGCCAACACCUCCGUUGUGAUCCAGAACGCCGUGGAGGCUCCCCCGCGGGACUACAGCGUCCUGCCCCUGCUGGGCUCCGUUCCUCCGCAGGUCGGGUCCAGGAUCGCCUUUAAGGUUUUAGAACUGACAGACAACUACACUCCUGCGGUCUCCAAUUUCAAGGAGGGAAGAAUAAUAAGCUACAACCCCGAUUCCAGCGAGCUCGACAUCGAGAUCCUGUCGUCGUCGCCGGCGGCAAAGGAGCCCGGGAAGUUUGAUCUGGUUUACCAGAACGAAAAUGGAACCGAGGUGGUGGAAUAUGCCGUGUCCCAGGACAAAAUGAUAACCAAGCGCUGGGAAGGCAUUCUCGAGCCGAGGCUGAUCAUAGAACCGACCCCGAGCGGCCCGACGAGCACGGAUCCCGCUCAGACUUAAUUUAUCGUGACUUCGUGGGUUCCGCGUCGACGGAGACCUGUAAAUAGCCGAUGAAUGUACUGUUUUAUGAGCUUUGUGCCGAAGGUCGUCACGACUGCCGUGAAUCUCCUCCAGAGAGACGCGCGCGCACUCGCCCCUCCCCAUUCAGCAUUUUUGUACGUUCGUUGUUUUUAAGUAUAGGGAGAGACUGUCUACCUCAACACUUGAUUUUAAGAAUGCAAUGGAUGGGCGUUGCUCCAUUGUAUCGUGGCUGAUCAUUCCAGAAACGGAAGCUUCCCGCGGGCCCGGGCCCGGGAGACCGGUCGUCACCGCUGGAACGGUUGGCAGGCGCGCCGGGUCGUAGGUUUUAUUUCUCGUACUGUCUAAGGGACUCUGACAAUCAGUGGGGAUCUUCGAAUCCGGAGCCCGGCCCCCGCGGGGGACGGGCGCGUGUUAACCGACCCGGUGACUCGCCGGCUGGCAGAUGGACUCGUUUGAAAGGCUGAGCGUGAAUUCCAUUAAAUGUAGGAUAUUUUGCACACUA